AUGGAAAUCGACGAAAUCUUCAAUGAUUCGGGAUCAGAAUUAGCCACAGAAUUUGACGAUCUACAUAUGUCCUCCACCAAUGAAGAAGAUGAAGAAAUGGACAUUGCAUCACCGACUAUUCGAAAAAAACACGCUCCCAGAAAGUGGCGUCAGUAUGGCUUCGACCUCAAGGACUUGAAAUUUUCCGAUAGAGCAUCAGGUGUUAACGAAGAAUUUGAAAUUGAAGGAAACAAUCCAUCUGACUAUUUCAAAGCAUUUUUCGACGACGAACUAAUGGAGAUAAUUGUUGAAGAAACUAACAAUUAUCAACAACAAAAUACAACACCAAAUAUCGCAAAAACUGCAGCUUGGUACGACACUAAUGCAGAAGAAAUGUAUAUCUUUUUUGCUACCACUAUUCUGAUGGGAUUAAAUCAAAAGAAUCGCAUAAAAGAUUAUUGGUCAACGGAUAAACUGAUAACAACACCAAUUUUUGGAGAGCUUUUCACAAGAAAUAGGUAUCUUUCCGUUCUCCGAUACCUUCACUUUGCUGAUAAUAACACAGAACAAGAAGGCAAGCUCCGGGAGAUUCAACAUAUCAUCGAGAAUUUGAGAAAGAAAUCCCAAAAAGCACAAUACAUUCCGUCGAAAAAACAUCAUUUUGGUGUCAAGCUCUUCCUGUUAUGCGACUGUGAGACCAAAUUCGUUCUGAACUUUAUCAUUUACACUGGAGCAGAAACAGAAAUCGACAAUUAUCCCGAGGUCGGAAUAUCAAGUUCAGUAGUACUAACAUUGAUGAAAAAUUAUUUGAAGAAAAAUCAUACACUCUUCAUUGAUAAUUGGUAUUCGAGCCCGACAUUAUUUGAAAGAUUAUUGGAGGAGAAAACGAAAGCUUGUGGAACUGUGAAAAGAACAAGAAAUGGAAUGCCAAUGUUUGGAAAGCUCGCAAAGGGUCAGCAGGAAUAUCGAACAACCGGUGAACUUUUAGCACUGAAAUGGAUGGACGAAAGAGAGGUAUACAUGCUUACUACAGCGCACAAACCUGUCAUGGUAGAAACUGGUAAGAAUGAUAAAGAAACAGGCCGAAAAAUCAAGAAACCUCACUGUAUUGUACAAUACAACAAAAAUAUGGGAGCAGUGGAUCAAGUGGACAUGCAAACCAGUUUCUCGGAAUGUCUAAGAAAAACAAUCAAAUGGUACAAGAAAUUGUUUUUCCAUUUGUUUGAUGUCACCGUGCAGAACUCUUAUGCCAUGUACAAGAUGAAAACCCACAAAAAUAUCGAACUUUCGCAAUUUCGCCUUGAACUUGCUCGAGAACUCAUUGAAGAAUAUGGAUCAAUGCGGCCACAGACGAAAGGAAGACCACCUAUCGAUUGUCCACUACGCCUCUCUGCUCGUCAUUUCAUCGCUUUUAUUCCUGCCGAACCAAGAUUGUCUACAACACCACCAACAACAACGGUAACAAGAUCACCACCAGUAUUAGGACCACCACCAUCACCACCAUCGCCGCCACUACCACCAGCACUACCAGUACCGCCACCGCCACCACCCGACCACCAGCACUGUAACGGUUAA